AUGACGACCGACUCUACUGAGCACCAGCGCGUAAGCGAGCUGUUCGCCGAGGUGGUGAGCAGCUCCAAGUCCCUCGUGGGUGGCUACCUCUCCAUCGACGCAGCAUCUGACUCGGCUUCCGUGCAAUUAAUCUGGGACAAAACGGAUCUGGUCAACAAUGUGACGCACAAGUUCCAGACCCACCACCACGUGAGUUCCCUCACUCAAACGCAGCCAAAAGUGCUCGACACGGGGUUCCCCACCGACUGGUCCAGCGACUACACGAGCGUUUCGCCCUCGGGCAAGCGCGGGGUGACCCUCAAACUGGAGAAAUCAAAGGGAGACAGCUCCGUCGAGGGAGUUUUCUGCGUAUUCGAGGCCAACAAGCUGGUGUCGUCGUUCAAAACGCCUAAGACACUUCAUGGAGCCAUUUACUUAGGAGAACGAGAAGGUGGCAUCGCCUGGUCGCACGACGAGAAAACGAUCGCGUAUGUGGCGGAAAAGAAAGUGACCGAGUCUCCUGCGUUCUGGGAGAAUAUUAACAGCAAGAAGGAGAAGAAAGAAGACGACAAAGAGUCGAAAACCCCACUUCCGGGCUCGAAAUUCGAGUACGUCGAUGAUUGGGGUGAACAAUAUGAAGGCAAGAAGACGGCGUCCAUAUUCCUCGCCACAGUGGCGACUGGAAAGAUCGAUCAAGUGAAAAAUGUAUCUGAGAAUUUGACGUGUGCUGACGUGGCCUUUGUGCCUGGAGACAACGAACUGGUAUUUGCCGCUACCGAGACGGACAAUCCCAAACGUCUGGGCAUCAUUUACUGCUAUAAUCGACCAAUUACACUGUAUCACGCUGUGCUAAACAAAAAAGACCAGACCCAAAUUGUGGUCACAAAAUUGGAAUUUAUAUCCAAGGACAAGGAGAGUGAAGAGAUCGGGACGAUGAGGAACCCGCGGUUCUCUCCGGACGGCAAACAAUUGGCCUUCCUAGCGACACGAGACGUGGCUACUCAUGGAACUUGCAGCUUCUUGUGUGUCAUGGAUUGGGACACCAAACAGACGUCGACGGUCAUUCCCAUCAAGGAUGAACCUGACGCGUCGGAACUUGACGUCACGAAGGCGUUUAACGGACUUUUCAUGGGGUCAUUGCGUAAAAACGCGUGGUCUGAGGACGGGAAGUACAUUUUAGUGGUGACUCAAGUGGGCUCUCGCGUACUCUGGAAGUACGUCGAAGUGGCCACGAAGACUCUGAUAUCUCCAGAGUACGUCGACGGCUCGGGAGUGGCUGUCGAGUCCGUACUAGACCGCAAAGACGACUAUUAUCUUGUCAUGGUGUCGUCUCCUACUCGUCCUGCUAGUGUCUACCUCGUGCACAUUGACCCAGCGACGGGGAAAUAUUUGAAUGCUCCAAUCAUCCUUGAUGACCAAAAAGGAGUCACGCAAUAUAUUAAACGGUGGGAAGUGUAUUCCAUCCCCGCGUCGGUGUCCGAUAUACCUGCGGCAGACAAGAAACUACCAGGAACACCGUCGGUAUUGAAAAAUCUACUGAUCCCGUCGACUUGUAGCUCGAGUGACUAUGAAGCGACUGUCAUGUUGCCUAGUAGUACUCCUCCAACUGACGGGUACCCCGUCAUCUUGGAACUACAUGGAGGACCACACGGCAACUCGCCGGUCAUGUAUCGACACAUGUGUGACUUCUGGGCUGCUCUGGGCUUCGCUAUCGUUACCGUCAACUAUCGAGGAAGUACUGGCUUUGGUAUCAAGGCGCUAGAGUCGUUGAUCGGGAAAGUAGGCACACAGGAUGUGUACGACUGUCACUAUGCUCUAUGCUACUUGUUAGAGAAAAGCUCGAGACUCGGUUUAUCGCUCGAUAAGUCGCGUGUGCACUGCUCUGGUGGGAGUCACGGAGGCUUCCUGGUUACGCACCUUAUAGCGCAGUUCCCGGGCUUUUAUAAGUCCAUGGUUACGCGUAACCCCGUCACCAACUUGUCCAGUGUGUUCUACACAUCGGAUAUUCAAGACUGGGGUCUGGCAUGUGCAGGUAUCCAGAGGUUCGAGUCUAUUCACACGUCUCAGAAACUUCAGAACUCUAAGGAUAAACUACCUCCUCUGAGUCCGGACGCUCGUCUUGCGAUCCUAAGUAAACUGUGGCAGCAUUCGCCUGUUAGCAACGACCUCAGUAAGGUCACGACUCCUUCUCUCUUCGGACUGGGUGGGAAAGAUAAGCGCGUGCCGCCAAACCAAGGACUCGAGUACCGUGCGACCAUUUCAAGCUACGGAGUGCCGACGCAGCUUCUGUGGUACCCAGAGGACUCCCACCCGUUGGGAUCCGUGGAGGCGACUGGAGAUUUUGCGGUCAACUGGGGACUGUGGCUGCUUAAGCAUAACCCCAAGUAA